AUGAGAAUGACCCUUCUGACUGAUGAUAGAGUGUGUACGAAUUUUGCUCUCAUGUCCGCAGCCGACAUCCUUGAGUUUGCUGUCAUGAUACCAAGUGGGCGAAUUUUGGAGGACGAGGGCAUCGAAAGGGGCCAACUUGGCCUAAACGCUGAGUGCAGUAAAUUUUUUGGUAUUUCAGCCGGAGAUGAGGUUAACAUAAAAGUGUUUGUUCCACCGUCAAAGGGGCUUGAUUUGUCACUCUUGAGGAUUGAGGUGGAUUUACUGGAUGGAAGUUCCACUCAUCAACCGGUUCUAGCUUCCAAUUUUGUGAGAGAAUUUGUGAAAACAUUUAACAAGCAGAUUUUUACUGAAAUUCAAAGCAUCUUAUUGAGAUAUGGCGGCAAUAUCUAUCACUGCACGGUUGCUGAUGCUUCUGUUGCUGAGGAUAAACAUUCCCCUGCCCCAAAGCGAGGGAUGCUCCGCAAGUCAACAGAAGUGAUUGUGGAGGUUUCUAGUUCUAUGGUAUACUCACAUAACCUGGAUAUGUCUUGCUCUGUUAUAUAUGUGCAAUUCACUUGA